GAGGUUUACUGAGAAUUGUCAGUCGUAGUUCUCCACUCAGCAGGUUAACAACCAGUUUGGAAUACCCAUCAACAUGGACUUUUACUACAUGCCAGGUGGCGGAGGAUGCCGCACCGUGAUCAUGGUGGCCAAGGCUCUUGGUCUGGAGCUGAACAAGAAGCUACUGAACACCAUGGAGGGUGAACAAUUGAAGCCGGAGUUCGUCAAGCUCAAUCCCCAGCACACCAUUCCCACGCUGGUGGACAACGGAUUCUCCAUCUGGGAGUCCCGUGCCAUCGCCGUCUAUCUGGUGGAGAAGUACGGCAAGGAUGAGUACCUGUUGCCCAAGGAUCCCAAGAAGCGUGCCGUGGUCAACCAGCGUCUGUACUUCGAUAUGGGAACACUGUACGAAAGCUUUGCCAAGUACUACUAUCCAAUUUUCCGCACUGGAAAGCCCGGAUCGGAUGAGGAUUUGAAGGGAAUCGAAACCGCCUUCGGAUUCCUCGACACCUUCCUGGAGGGCCAGGAGUAUGUGGCUGGCGACCAGCUCACCGUGGCGGACAUUGCCAUCCUGUCCACUGUCUCCACGUUCGAAGUCAGUGAGUUCGACUUCAGCAAGUACUCCAAUGUCUCCAGGUGGUACGAAAAUGCCAAGAAGGUGACUCCAGGAUGGGAUGAGAACUGGGAGGGGCUCAUGGCGAUGAAGGCGUUGUUUGAAGCCCGUAAAUUGGCUGCCAAGUGAUCGGUAUCACAACUACCUAUUGUUUAUUUAUGAAACUGUUGAAUUAAACGAAAUAAAUUAAGUUCAGAGUAAUGAGAUAUAUAAUAUGUUAAGGAGAGAAGCACACAUUUUGUCGCGGCAUAUAAAAUAUCAAUAACCAGAAGAGAAUAAUAUAAGAGAAUAUAUAUGUACACAUAUGUAUGUCACAAUGAUUCCCUGAAAUUCUAUAAUCUGAUAUUACAGAGAGCACAAACACGAGUAAUUCGAACAGUUUGCACAAACACAUACAUAUGUAGAACAGAGAAAGCAAAUAUAUUCUGUGGGCGCGCUCUUUUCUAUAGAAAACACAAACAUGUGUGCGAGCAUAGCUUUAUAAGCAGAAGCUCUUGGGGGUCCCAGGCAGUUAUUUCCUUUCUCCCAAACGGGCAAGUCGAAUCGAUCGCACCUUCCGACAUGGACCUAUACUAUCUGCCCUUGGUCGGCGCUUGCCGCUCCGUUCUGAUGGUGGGCAAGGCCCUGGGUCUGGAAUUCAACAAGAAGAUAAUCAAUACGCUGGAGGGGGAGCAAAUGAAUCCGGAUUUCAUCAAGAUCAACCCGCAGCAUUCGAUUCCCACGCUGGUGGACAAUGGUUUCACCAUUUGGGAAUCGCGUGCCAUUCUCGUUUACCUGGUGGAAAAGUACGGAAAGGAUGACGCGCUGUACCCCAAGGACAUUCAGAAGCAGGCGGUGAUCAAUCAACGCCUUUACUUCGACAUGGCGUUGAUGUAUCCCACCCUGGCCAACUACUACUACAAAGCAAUAACCAGCGGUCAGUUUGGCAGCGAGGAGGACUACAAAAAGGUCCAGGAGACUUUCGAUUUUCUGAACACAUUCCUGGAGGGUCAGGACUACGUGGCUGGGGACCAGUAUACCGUGGCCGACAUUGCCAUUCUCGCCAAUGUCUCCAAUUUCGAUGUUAUGGGUUUCGAUAUCAGCAAAUAUCCGAAUGUGGCCAGAUGGUACGACCAUGUCAAGAAGAUUACCCCUGGAUGGGAAGAAAACUGGGCGGGAGCUCUGGAUGUGAAGAGGAAGGUCGAGGAGAAACGGAAUGCUGCCAAAUAAUUCAUUUAUUAAGAUUUUAUUAUACAUAAAUAUGUUUAUGCUCACAUACCCAUAGUUGCCACAGAUAUUGAAUAAAGUGAGAAGACUGCCUAAAA